CCGGGUUUUCCGUAGCUGCAGCCGGCUGGUUGGCAACAUGGCGUCCUCAGAUGUCCACGUCCGAAUUUGUGAACAAGAAAUACUCAAAUAUGACCUCGAAAUCAAAGCUCUCAUCCAGGACCUCAAUGAGUGCACAGGCCCUGAAAGUAAGCUGACAGUACUGAACGCAGACGUGAAAAAGAGUUUCCACAAUCUCAGGUUGCGGAUUCAGGAUUUUGAGGAGAUGGCCAUGGAGCAGGACAAAGAGUCGGAGAAGCAGGCUUUGAUCAGUCAGGUGGAGGGACACAGAAAACAGAUGCUGAGUAACCAGACAGGUUGGAGGAAAGCCAACUUGGCCAGCAAACUGUCUAUAGACAAAAUGGAGAAGCAGGCACUUCUUUAUGGAGCAGAUAGUGCUGUGAGGGAGAGGAAGAUGACCAAAGAAGGCUUGGCCCAUACAACCAGCGACAUCACAGAGAAUCUCAUGAGCAUCAGCCGGAUGAUGGCGCAGCAGGUCCAGCAGAGCGAGGAGACCAUAACCUCGCUGGCGACCUCCUCCAGGACAGUGGCAGAGACCAACGGUGAGUUCAGGAGCAUGACGGGGACCAUCCAGCUCGGGAGGAAGCUCAUCACCAAGUACAACCGCAGAGAGCUCACCGACAAGCUGCUCAUCUUCCUGGCGCUCGCCCUCUUCCUCUCCACCAUUCUCUACAUCCUUAAGAAGAGACUGUUCCCCUUCCUGUAGACCAGGUACCUUUUUUUUCAGAGGAGCUCUUCCAUUACUACAUACAGCACUUUCCACGGUCAGCGCAAAUGAUUUAAACAACCCUGAC